GCAAGACUACCUGGCUCGUUUUUACAGCACCUUCGGCUGCGGUUCGUGGACCCAUUUGCAUGCCAAGUUUAACUACCAGCCGAACCUGCCCAACGACUACAUCGGUUCAGCCCACCGGGCCCUGGACGUUGUCGAGGACGUGGUCGUUGCGCACUUCAGUGGAGGGAGGGUAAAGCCCUGGAAAGUGCCCGGGCUAAGACUCGACGCCAGUGGCGUCAGACGCCUGGUCGAGGACGAUGCCCUCGAGGAGCAGAUGGGGGCCCAGGUCCCUCGCUCAUCCGGGGUCAUGGUUAUGGAUGGUGUCGAGGUUCCAGCCGGCGACCGCAACACACCGCUGCCACAGCCCGUGCGUCGGGUCAUGUGGGAGUGGAUUCUAGCGCUCCGGCAGUGCAACGCGGACAUGCUUGAGGAGGGCAUCGACAUCCUGUUUCUCAUCGAACAGUGUGAGUCGGUGAGCGCCACCCGUGGAAACAGGCCGUAUCCGGCUAGGCGUAGGUAG